AUGUUUGCCCACUGUAAAGGCCCGCUCUGGGGGAUAGACGACUUCUCGGCCUGUUUCGAGCGCGACUAUCUCCAGACAUUAUUCCCGCUCAUUGUUUGCGUCAUAUCGCUCCUCUUCCUGCUGCGCCAGCUCUACUCGGCUGCGACUGCCUCCAAAUACUACCACGCAUACAGCGCCCUCGACGAUGCCACUAAUCCCUGGUCUCUGCGAAGCCCCAACUACAACGGCGAUGAUGAGUACGACGACGAUGCCCACGACGAGCUCGACCGGCAGCAAGACCUCGCCCUCCGCCCCGUCAAGACCAUGUCCACAAUCGCCGCCGACAAGCCCCGCGGACAACUGACCAUUGUCGUCCUAGAAGAAGCCGCAGUUCUCGCACAGCUGGGUCUGCACAUCGCCAUACUCGUGACUCAUGCUUGGGGCACCCACGCGAAGAUUGCCGCCAUUGCCAGUGUCGCUGUCUGGGCUUAUGUUGCUGUUCUAGCCUCGCUCCGUCUGCUCUUUUCCAGCACCAGUCGCUUCUCUUUCCCACCCCUCUGGUACCAUACCGCCUUCAUCUAUGGCUGCCAAUGGGUCUUCAGCAUCUUGCUUUUCCGAUCGGCAAUCAUCCACCCCCGAUCGACUGUGCAUCAGAAGUUGAUGAUUGGCGACUUCACGCUUGUUUCGCUGCUCUUCCUCAUCGCGCUCUGCUCCAGAAAAGGCAACAAAACUGUACAUCUUGAAUACGAAGGAGAUAUUGCCCCAGCGCGGGAACCUAUCGCUAGCGUAUUCUCCCUGGCCACUUUCAGCUGGGUCGACCCCAUUGUUUGGACAGGAUACAAAAAGACAUAUGAGCUCUCAGACGUUUGGAAUCUGCCUUCAAAAGACAAGGCUGCAGCCGUCAUUGCAAAAUACCGCCAGGUCAAGAAGACUUCAAGCUUGGCCUACCACCUCCUGAAGCAUUUCAAGCGCGGUCUGCUUAUCCAAGCAGGGUGGGCUGCCAUCUCUGGUUUCCUCACUUUUGCGCCUACACUACUCUUAAAAGUCAUCCUCGAGUAUGUUGAGCAACCAGAUCAGACCCCGGCGAAUGCCGCAUGGUUCUAUGUUAUCCUACUUUUCGUCUCCGGUUCUCUCUCAGCGCUGGCUGAUGGACAGGCACUUUGGCUCGGCCGUAAGAUCUGCAUUCGGUUACGAGCCGUCAUUAUUGGGGAAAUUUACGCAAAAGCUUUGAAACGCAGGGCGGGAGCUACCACUGACAAGGUGCUGGGUGAAGAGAAGAAGAAGCAACAAGAGGAGGAUAAGGAGGAUGAGCAGCCCAAGGGGUUGAAGCGCAUCUUCAAUUUUGGCAAAAAGAAGAAGAAUAAGUCUCAAACGUCUGACGAUGAAGACGAGGACGAAGCAUAUUCAGGAUCUGACGCUCAGGUCACCACCGGUGCCAUCAUCAACCUUAUGGCUGUAGACGCUUUUAAAGUUAGCGAGAUAUGCGCCUAUCUACACUUCCUAUGGGCAAAUACACCUGUUCAAGUCGUUGUCGCCGUGUUUUUGCUCUACCGCAUUUUGGGCUACAGCUCAAUUGCUGGUAUCGGCAUGAUGAUCUUCCUCCUUCCAGUCAACAUGUAUGUCGCUGGACAGUUUGCCAAGAUCCAAAAGCUCAUUCUCGCCGCUACCGAUGCACGAAUCCACACUACCAACGAGGUUCUAACCAACAUUCGAAUCAUCAAGUUCUUCGCCUGGGAGCAGCGCUUUAUCGGACUGGUCAACGAGAAACGAUACAUUGAGCUGAAGCACCUGCGCCGUCGCUACAUACUCUGGGCUGUGGCCGCUACGAUAUGGUCGGGCUCUCCUGUUUUGAUCACGUUCUUGUCCUUCUUGGUCUAUACCAACAUUGAACACAAGGCCUUGAUUCCAUCAGUCGCCUUCACCGCUCUCUCACUGUUCCAGAUUCUCAGGAUUCCUCUGGAUCAACUUGCAGAUAUGGUUGCACACGUCCAAGAAUCCAAGGUAUCGGUUGACCGUAUUGAGGAGUACCUGAUGGAGCCUGAGACAGACAAGUAUUCGCAGCUCAUUACUCAAAAGAAGGAUGAAAAUGGCCAGCCUUUGAUUGGAUUCGAGAAUGGUACCUUCAGCUGGGGUGGUACAGACAUGACAGACCAAGCUGCUGCAGAUGCAUUUAAGCUUAUCGAUCUCAACGUAAAGUUUCAACCCGGCAAACUCAAUGUUGUCGUCGGUCCAACUGGUUCAGGAAAGACCUCCCUGCUCAUGGGUCUGCUUGGUGAGAUGACAAAGCUAAAGGGCGAAGUCUAUUUGCCUGGAGGAAUCAGCCGAGAAGAUCUUACCCCUGAUCCUGAGACUGGCCUCACAGAAAGUGUAGCUUAUUGUGCUCAGCAAGCCUGGCUAGUCAAUGGCACCGUCAAAGAAAACAUUGUCUUCGCAAGCGCAUGGGACCAGAAGCGCUACGAGGAAGUCAUUGAUAUCUGCUGUUUGAAGCGAGAUCUUGAAAUUCUUGAUGGUGGUGAUGAAACAAUUGUUGGCGAAAAAGGUGUGACCCUCUCUGGAGGCCAGAAGCAGCGCAUCUCACUCGCUCGUGCAAUGUACAGCAAAGCCCGCCAUGUUCUCCUUGACGAUGUCCUAAGCGCAGUUGACGCUCAUACUGCCAAGUGGAUCUUCCACUAUGCCCUCCAUGGCCGACUCAUGGCAAACCGAACCUGUGUCCUUGUCACGCACAACGUCAGUCUCUGCCUGCCCCAUGCCGAAUUCGCAGUAGUACUUGAAAACGGCCGCAUAAUUGCACAAGGCACCGCAGAUGAAGUCAUCAGUUCCGGAAAGCUCACUGAAGAUCUUACUAAAUCACGACCUGCCUCACGUGGCGCAUCGAAACCUCCAUCUCAGGCCCCCUCAGGUGACCAAGAGGCAAACGGCGAGGCUGACAGUGCUAACACCACUCUCAACGGCAAGGCUGACACCAAGAAGGUGCCAGCCAGCAACAGCCAAGAAGAGACUAAAGCCGAGGGCGGCGUGAAACUAAGUAUCAUCAUAAUGUAUCUCCGAGCUAUGGGCCCGUGGUACUACUGGGUUGGUGCCACCAUCGCUUUUGUUGCAGCACAGAUUUCUUCCGUCUCUACAAACCUGUGGAUUCGCACCUGGGCAAACGCAUACGCAGACAAGGGCUAUGCUGUAAAUGGCAACCACCAUCGCUCACCUGUCACCCAUGCUCCAACGCUGAGUGGUGUCGGAACAUGCAUGAACAGUGGUACUUGCAGCUGGAACUUUCCAUUCUUCAGCCAACCGGAGCAGCCCUCGUACUCAUACAACGCCAUGCAGACCACAUUCGGGGCCUCUGACCCAGAGGUUAACUCUCUCUAUUUCCUUGGCGUCUACGCCAUCUUGGGAGUUGUCUUCAUGCUGAUCACGUUCCUGCGUGAGGGCUUCCUUUUCGGUGGUUCACUGGCAGCAUCACGACGAGUGCACGAGCGCCUGAUCCAAAAGGUCACGCAUGCAAAGUUCCGUUUCUUUGAUCAGACCCCCCUCGGUCAACUCAUGAACAGAUUUUCAAAGGACAUCGAGGCUAUCGAUCAAGAAGUGGCGCCGGUGGCUAUCGGCGUCGUUCAUUGCUUCGCUUCCAUCAUUACCAUUGUCGUUCUUAUCUCGGUUAUCACGCCUGGAUUCUUGGUUGCAGCAUUCUUCAUUUCCAUUCUCUACUUCAUGAUCGGCAGGUUCUAUAUCAAUUCCUCGCGCGACCUGAAGCGACUAGAAUCCGUGCACCGAAGCCCCCUUUAUCAGCAGUUCGGCGAGACACUAUCAGGCAUGACAACCAUUCGAGCCUAUGGUGACGAGCGACGCUUCAUUCGCGAAAACCUUAACAAGAUCAAUACUCAGCAUCGUCCUUUCAUCUAUCUGUGGGCCGCUAACAGAUGGCUCGCGUUCCGCGUAGACGUGGUUGGCGCUAUGGUUGCUUUCUUUUCUGGAGCCUUUGUCGUCCUUAGCGUUGGGCGCAUCGAUGCAGGUGCAGCUGGUUUGGCACUUACCUACGCUGUUACGUUUACCGAGAACGUGCUGUGGUUUGUGCGACUUUACUCCGCCAACGAGCAAAACAUGAACUCGGUCGAGCGUGUUAAAGAAUACCUCGAUGUAGACCAAGAAGCUCCUUCAGUCAUCCCAGCCAACCGACCGCCUUCUAACUGGCCAAGCAAGGGGUCUGUAGAGUUCAUCAACUACAGCACGCGAUACCGGAGUGAUUUUGAUCUUGUGUUGAAGAAUUUGACUUUUAAGAUCCAACCCGGAGAGAAGGUUGGUGUUGUCGGCAGGACUGGUGCUGGAAAGAGUUCUAUGGCACUUGCAUUGUUCCGAGCGUUGGAGGCUGAGCAGGGUAAAAUUUUGAUCGACGAUAUCGACAUUGGGUUGAUUGGCCUUCAUGACUUGCGCGAGAACGUCGUCAUGGUACCACAAGACCCAACAUUGUUCACCGGCACGAUUCGAAGCAAUCUCGAUCCUUUCUCAAUUUUUACCGAUGAGGAGAUUUAUACAGCCCUGCGCGAGGUCAAUCUUAUAUCGUCACUUUCACAGCCUACAUCCGGCACUUCAACGCCUAUACAACCCACCCACCCUGGUGCUGUUCAGAUUCCAGUCCCCACAACCGGCGCCGUUACUGCGGAUGUGAAUGGAAGCUACAGUGCUGCCACUACCAACCCUGGUUCCAUCCUGGCGAAUCGCGACUGGGACCGAGGCGAGACUCAGGAUGAUACGGUAGUGAUAAUGCCCAACGGACACGCUGCUGACCAAAAGGACGUAGCAGCACAAGCUGCCAUGGAAGCCGACAACAAGAACCCAUUCAAGAACCUCAACUCUCCCGUCUCAGAGUCCGGCUCCAACCUCUCCCAAGGCCAACGCCAACUCCUCUGCCUUGCCCGAGCACUCCUCAAAGCCCCCAAGGUCCUUCUCAUGGACGAAGCCACAGCCUCCAUUGACUACGCCACCGACGCCAAAAUCCAAGAGACUAUCCGCCAGAUCAAAAACACAACCAUCACAAUCGCGCAUCGUCUUCAGACUAUCAUCGACUACGACAAGGUCCUUGUUCUCGACCGAGGCGAGAUCCUCGAGUACGGCCACCCAUACGAUCUCGUCCGCAAAGACGGCGGCUCCUUCCGCUCCAUGUGCGAAACCAGUGGCGAACUCGCAUCACUGACUAGCACGGCCAAGACGGCAUAUGAAACCAAGUAUCAAACUGCUGCCGAUACUCAGUGA